UUAUAUAUAUGCAAAGAAAAUGAAAGAGAACAUUCUAUAAUCACACAUUUCUCUCGUCUUUCUCCAAGCAUAGAAUCUUUUCCUCUCUCUCUCCCUUUUCUUCAUUCUCACUCAGAGAAAAUUCUGCAAUAUAUAUAUCGCCAUGAUCCACACCGACAUCGCAGAGAUCUUAUGCGUCAAACCCAAGACGAAGAAGAAGACAAAGACAAUGGAGGAAGAUGUGAAGACCAAGAAGACGAUCAAGAUAGAAGGAGAAGUGGUUGUAAUGAAAAAGAACCUUCUCGACUUCAAAGACACCAUGGCUUCUCUUCUUGAUCGAAUCCAUGAGCUUCUUGGUCGACGUGUCUCUCUCCACCUCAUCAGCUCUCUCCAACCCGACCCGGCCAAUGAGAAGAGAGGAAGACUUGGAAAAGCAGCACAUCUGGAAAAAUGGGUGACAAAGAUAAAAACGUCAGUAACCGCAGAGGAAACCGCGUUUGGAGUGACGUUUGAUUGGGACGAGUCAAUGGGACCACCGGCUGCGUUUGUGAUCAAGAACCACCACCGUAGCCAAUUCUACCUUAAGUCCCUCACCCUUCGAAAUUUCCCCGGCGGUGAAGGCGGUCCCAUACACUUUGUUUGCAAUUCUUGGAUCUAUCCGAGCCAUAGAUACCGCUCCGGCCGCGUUUUCUUCUCCAACAAGGCUUAUCUUCCAAGCGAAACGCCGGAGCUAGUCAAGGAGCUAAGAGAAGAAGAGCUAAAGAAUCUAAGAGGAAAUGAGAAAGGAGGAGAACUCAAAGAAUGGGACAGAGUCUACGACUACGCUUAUUACAACGACUUAGGUGCUCCGGACAAAGGUCCUGACUCAGCCCGUCCGGUUCUCGGCGGUUCACCUGAGUUCCCUUAUCCUCGCCGUGGUAAGACCGGCCGUAAACCCACCAAAACCGACCCUAAGUCAGAGAGCAGGCUUGCAUUACUAAACCUAAACAUCUACGUGCCGAGGGACGAACGGUUUAGCCACGUGAAGUUCUCUGAUUUUCUCGCGUACGCACUCAAGUCGGUGACUCAAGUGCUCGUCCCUGAAAUAGCCUCUCUUUGUGACAAAACCAUCAACGAGUUUGACUCGUUCGAAGACGUUUUUCACCUCUAUGAUGGUAGUAUUAAGCUCGCUAAUGGUCACACUAUUUCAAAGCUACGUGAUGUUAUCCCAUGGGAGAUGUUUCGUGAGCUCGUGCGCAAUGAUGGAGAACGGUUCUUGAAGUUCCCCUUGCCUGACGUCAUCAAACAAAGUAGAUCAGCUUGGAGAACCGAUGAAGAGUUUGCUAGAGAAAUGCUUGCUGGACUUAAUCCAGUGGUGAUAAGUCGUCUCAAGGAGUUUCCUCCAAAGAGCAAUCUAGACUCAGCAAAGUAUGGACACCAACACAGUUCUAUACGAGAAGAGCACAUAGAACCACACAUGAACGGUAUAAAUGUCCAAGAAGCUUUGGAACAGAACAAGCUAUACAUAUUAGAUCACCAUGACGCAUUGAUGCCAUACUUGACACGGAUAAACUCAACAAACACUAAAACCUAUGCGACCCGAACGCUUCUGUUGCUUCAAGAAGACGGAACACUGAAGCCUGUAGCCAUAGAGCUGAGUCUUCCACACGCACAAGGUGAAUCACACGGAUCAGUGAGCAAAGUUUUCACACCAUCAGAGAAAGGCGUUGAGGGAUCGGUUUGGCAGCUUGCUAAGGCUUACGCCGCGGUUAAUGACUCCGGUUAUCACCAACUUAUAAGCCACUGGUUGCAGACGCAUGCGGUGAUUGAACCGUUCAUAAUCGCGUCGAAUAGGCAACUCAGUGUGGUUCAUCCGAUCUAUAAGCUUCUUCAUCCUCAUUUCCGUGACACGAUGAAUAUCAACGCAUUGGCGCGACAUGUCCUCAUAAACUCUGAUGGAGUUCUGGAGAGGACGGUGUUCCCUAGUCGUUACGCCAUGGAGAUGUCUUCUUCCAUUUAUAAGAGUUGGGUUUUCACUGAUCAGGCUCUUCCCAAAGAUCUUCUCAAACGAGGAGUUGCUGUUGGAGAUCCGAGCAGUGACAAUGGUGUUAAGCUUCUGAUCGAGGAUUACCCAUUCGCAGUGGACGGUUUAGAGAUUUGGUCAGCGAUCAAGACGUGGGUGACAGAUUACUGCUCAUUCUAUUACAAGAACGACAGAACCGUCCAAACCGAUACAGAGAUCCAAUCAUGGUGGACCGAACUUAGAACCGAAGGCCACGGAGAUAUACAACACGAGUCAUGGUGGCCGUCCAUGCAAACCCGCGAGGAACUCAUCGAGACAUGCACCAUCAUCAUCUGGAUCGCCUCUGCUCUUCACGCAGCAGUCAACUUCGGACAAUACCCUUACGCCGGUUUUCUCCCUAACCGGCCUACCGUCAGCCGUCGGUUUAUGCCUGAACCGGGUACUAAAGAGUAUACUGAGUUGGAGGAAAACGAGGACGUGGCGUUCUUGAAGACCAUCACGCCGCAGUUACAGACUCUGCUUGGUAUCUCCAUCAUAGAGAUUUUAUCUAUGCAUUCGACGGAUGAGAUUUACUUAGGUCAGAGAGAUUCACCGAAUUGGACGGCGGAUGAUGAGCCUUUGGAAGCGUUCAAGCGGUUUGGGAAGAGUUUGGAGUUGAUAGAGAACAAUAUUAUAAGGAGGAACAAUGAUAAGAGGUUGAAGAACCGGACCGGACCGGUUAACAUUCCGUACACUCUCUUGUACCCGAACACUACGGAUUAUACAAGAGAAGGUGGACUUACUGGUAAAGGGAUUCCAAAUAGUGUCUCUAUCUAGAGAUAGAUCACUCAUUGUUCAUAUGUCAUACCGUUUACUCGUUGGUUUUUAUUACUUUCCAUCAUUAUGUGAAAUUAUUUGCUUGUUACUUGUCCUAGGUUUUUCUCGAACAAUGUAGAUGUCAAUUUCAGUUUGUUUUGUGUGAUUGUGGUAAUGUGGAAUCCAGGAUUCGUAUAAAUAUAACAAUUUUUUUAAUGUCA